GGCUGGAGCCUCGCCAUGGACGGCCCUGCUCCCCCGAUCGACAUCGGCAGCCUGCCGAAGCUGCCGCUGUUCGGCGCCAAGGCACGUUCCAGGGUACUACUACUAGGAAUCGUUCUGCCGGUAGCCACCGCGGCGUUUGUCCUUGGCGUGGUCGCGGCUGUUAUCCUGCUCGUCCGGCGGCGGUCCAAGUACGCGGAGGUGCGGGAGGACUGGGAGUCGGAGUUCGGGCCGCACAGGUUCUCGUACAAGGACCUGUUCCAUGCCACGGAAGGGUUCAAGAACAAGACGCUGCUGGGGUUCGGCGGGUUCGGGAUGGUGCACAAGGGGGUGCUCCCCAAGUCCAAGCUGGAGGUGGCGGUGAAGAAGGUGUCGCACGACUCGAGGCAGGGCAUCAAGGAGUUUAUCGCCGAGGUGGUCACCAUUGGCCGCCUCCGGCACCGCAACCUCGUGCAGCUGCUCGGCUACUGCCGCCGGAAAGGCGAACUCCUACUCGUCUACGACUACAUGUCCAACGGCAGCCUCGACAAGUACCUCUACAGCGGCAAGGACAUGCCGACCACGCUAGACUGGGCGCAGAGGUUCCGGAUCAUCAAGGGCGUCGCGUCGGGCUUGCUGUACAUCCACGAGGAGUUCGAGCAGGUGAUCAUACACCGGGACAUCAAGGCCAGCAACGUUCUCCUGGACGCCGACAUGAACGGGCGGCUGGGCGACUUCGGCCUCGCCAGGUUGUACGACCACGGCCAAGACCCGCAGACGACGCACGUGGUCGGAACCAUGGGGUAUCUCGCGCCGGAGCUGGCUCGGACGGGGAAGGCCUCGCCGCUCACCGACGUAUUUGCCUUCGGAGCGUUCAUUCUCGAGGUGGCCUGCGGCCGGAGGCCCGUGGAGCAGACCAUGGACGACGGCCGGCUCAUGCUGGUCGACUGGGUGCUCGGGCACUGGCAGAAGGAGUCGCUCCUCGAGGUGGUCGACGCGAGGCUCAGCGGCGACUAUGACGCCGACGAGGUGGUCAUGGCGCUCAAGCUGGGGCUGAUGUGCUCGCACCCGUUGCCCGGCGCGAGGCCUGGCAUGCGGCAGGUCAUGCAGUAUCUAGAAGGUGACAUGCCGUUCCCCGAGCUGACGCCCACGCAGAUGAGCUUCAGUAUGCUAGCCCUGCUGCAGAGUGAAGGGUUUGACUCGUUCGUCGUGUCCGCUUCGGAUCGAUCGUCUGCCACGAUGCUGACCAUGGGCACCACCAGUGGCCUCUCCGGGGGGAGAUGAUAUUGAUAUUACAACUUGAGUUGUUGAUCGGAUGUCACCAAGU